AUUUGUUUUUUUAUUCAAGGCGGGGUUUCUCUGUGGAGCUCUGGCUGUCUUGGCUCCCUUUGUAGACCAGGAUGGCCUCAAACUCAUAGAGAUCCACCUGCCUCUGUCUCCCAGAAUGCUGGGAAAACAGGUGUGUACGGCCAUGCCUGUCUUAUUACACUUCUUUUAAUAUCAACAUUUGUCUUGUAGGAAAAAAGAACAUGAAAAAGUAGAGUUACCGUCUUGUAUUGGUGUAAGAGCUAUCAGUAACUAAGAUGUCUGAAGAUGAGAAUACCGCAGAGGCUGAAGGAAUCGCUAGUUUUGAGUCACUGGAGGAGGCUGGAGUUAUUGAAGCAAUGUCAGAUCCGUUAAAGGAAGCUGCUCCUUCCUGGGAGAAGGAAGAUUCCUACCAGUUUAACGAAACAAAUGCUUCAAGUGACAUGGAGCAGGGAUCAGCUUCCUCCAUAGACCAGCUUGACAGAAAUGAAGAGAAAGAUGAAGAUCAGGCUUCUGACACCAAUGAGGCAGAUGGCACCCCACAGAGCUCCAACAGCUCGUCAGAGACUAAGAUCGAUGAAGUCUACCAGCGAGCCAGAUUCCCAAUCGGCAGGAGAGUUAGUCCACGAAUCUCAAAAGAAAAGCUGGGUGAAUUCGGUUUGCAGUCGAAUAACUUCACAGUUAAGCUUGAAGCCAAGGGUUUACAAGAAUUCCCUGUGGACAUUUUAAAAGUCAAAUAUGUAAAAUAUCUAUAUUUAGAUAAAAAUCAAAUAAAAAGCUUCCAAGGGGCAGACCCAGGAGAUCUACUAGGACUUGAGAUUCUGUCCUUACAAGAAAAUGGAUUGCCGUCGAUUCCCCUGGAAAUUCAAUUGUUUCACAAUUUAAGGACACUAAAUGUCAGUAACAAUGAGAUAUCACAAAUACCAAAAGAACUGUUGCAACUUGGGAAUAUGAGACAACUCUUCCUAGAUAGCAAUCAUGUUGAGAGUUUACCGUCUGGCUUAGAAAGUCUUAGAAAUCUGGAAACCUUAAGUUUGGGUAAAAACAAACUGACACAUAUACCAGAUUCUCUGUCUGCUUUGAAAGCUUUGCAUACUCUCAAUCUGGAAUACAACCAACUGACCAUAUUUUCCAAGUUUCUGUGCUUCCUUCCCAGGUUAAUCUCACUCAACCUUAACGGAAAUAAGAUAGGCAGUUUGCCCAAAGAAGUUAGGGAACUGAAAAACUUAGAAAACCUCUUAAUGGACCACAACCAACUUACUUUUUUGGCUGUGGAAAUGUUUCAACUGCCCAAAAUAAAAGAACUUCACCUUGCCGACAAUAAACUAGAAGCUAUUUCACCCAAAAUUGAGAAUUUCAAGGGUCUCAGGUUUCUUAACCUUGAUAAAAAUUUAUUGAAGAACAUACCAAAGAAAAUUUCCCACUGUGUAAUGUUGGAGUGUCUUAGUCUUAGUGACAAUAACAUAGAAGAACUUCCUAGGAAAAUCCAUAAGCUUAAAAAUCUGAAGCAACUCCACGUAAACAGAAAUAAAAUGAUAAAGAUGGCUGAUGAGAUCUCACAUCUUAACAAUUUAAAGAGCCUGGAGUGUUCCGGCAAUCAAAUCACACAUGUUCCUAUUGAAAUAAAAAACUGCAGGAAAAUAACCAGGGUCGAACUGAAUUAUAACAAUAUAAUGUACUUCCCCGUGGGGCUGUGUGCUCUGCCGUCACUUGACUACUUGACUUUCAACGGAAAUUAUAUUUCAGAAAUCCCCAUGGACAUCUCUUUCAGUAAGCAGCUGCUUCAUUUAGAACUGAAUAGAAACAAACUCCUCAUCUUCUCAGAAUACUUGUGUUCACUCACUAAUCUUGAAUACCUGGAUCUUGGCAAAAACCAAAUAAAGACAAUUCCUGCCUGUGUCUCUGCCAUGGUGUCGCUCCGUGUGCUCAUUCUGUCUGCUAAUAAGUUUGAAAAAUUCCCAAAGGAACUGUGUGCGUUAAAAGCCUUGCAAGUCCUUGAUAUUUCCGAAAAUCAGUUACAGCAAGUACCUUCAGACAUAUCCAAACUAAAAGCGAUCCAGAAAUUAAACUUCUCCAGCAAUCAGUUCACGCAUUUUCCUGUUGACCUGUGCCAUCUUAAAACACUGGAGGACUUGAAUAUGAGUCAGGGGAAUGGGAAAAAGUUAACAAGACUUCCAGAAGAGCUGUGUAAUAUGACUCAACUCAAAACGCUCGACAUCUCCAACAAUGCAUUCAAAGAGAUUCCAAAAGAUAUCGGGGAGCUUAGAAAUCUCGUUAGUCUACAUGCCUACAACAAUCAAAUCAAUUCUCUUCCACCAUCCUUUCUGUCUUUAAAAGCUCUACAGCACCUAGACCUCAAAGGAAACAAUCUGAGAGUUCUGCCCAAUGCUAUCUACAACCUCUUGUCACUGAAAGAGAUAAAUUUUGAUGACAACCCUUUGCUGCGACCCCCAGUGGAGAUCUGUAAAGGAAAACAGCUACACACCAUAGCAUGCUAUCUCCAAAGAGCAGAUGAAAGAGAUGAGAAAAUCUUAGAGAAGAUAUUCAACAUAGUCGCCAACAAUAUCACGGAGAUAAAUUUUGAAUUUUUGCAACAAAAACUGCACAUGAAGAGCUCCGAAAAUAGCAUUCCUGUAAAAAACACUACUCCAUUAAGUGAAAGAGUCUACCAGGCAUUUAUUAAGUGGAAAGCGGACCAGAACUUGUCACUCACAGUGACUGCCAUAAGAGACCGACUUGUUCGGGCACUAAAUAUGAUAGGCGCCUAUGACAUAAUGGACAGGAUCACGGCUUUGAACCUUUAUACAAGCGCCAUCAAACUCUAGCCAGUGGACCUGAAAUCGAAGCUGAAGACUUACCACGCACUCACAGAACUGAAACUCCACCUUUGGGCUGUUUCAUUUGGCUGACACAAGGGAAUUACUUGCAUAUUCUGCCUCUAUUUUGUUUCUUAGUAGUUCUUUCUUUCUCUUUGUGUGUAUGAACAUGCUUGUGCCACGGUUGGCAUGCGGAAG